AAAAAAAGAUUAAUGUAGUUGUAUUGCAGUAUUAUUUAUAUCAUAAUCGCUGUUAUAACAGAAUAAGCUAAAAUAUACUGUCUUAAUAGAAAAUUUUGCAUUAUUAUUAUUUACAAAAUAGUUCUGGUUAGAAGGGAGGAAGGGAAACCUGCCUAAGUUCACAAGAAACGAAAACGAAAGUAUUAUACAUAUUUGCUCGUUCUAUUUCUCAAACGGAGGAUUACUUAACCAACAGACAGGGAUAACAGAAAAAGAGGAAGAUGUCUUCAAUCACUUUCUUUGGCUGGAGCGUAGACUAUGAUGAGGACCGGCACCUGAGGGCCGAACAAGAGCCCAAAUCGGGCAAGCGCUACACCAUGUACCAUGGAACCAAGGUCCAAACGGCGCGCUCCAUCAUCCAAAACGGCUUCCAGCAGUCUGCUGAUGGCAUGCUGGGGCCUGGGGUGUAUGUGAGUCGCAACCAGAAGAAAGCGGAACGUUACCCAAUGAACUCACCUGUCACUGACAGGGUGGUGCUCAAGCUGAGUGUGGACUGUGGGAAAGUCAAACGGAUUGACAAGGAUAACCACCCCCUCCAGAAGACCUGGCACAGCCAAGGCUAUGACACCGCCUGGGUGCCUCCCAAAUGUGGCAUGAAGGCCGUGCCGAGCGGCCUGGAGGAAGACUGCGUAUGGGACCCAAAUCGCAUUGAAGUUGUAGACAUUGUUCUGGCACCCAGCACCACCAUUCUGGCUGACCUCAAGCAGCUACUCGCCCAGAGCCACCGCCAGCAAGGCCCGGCUGCUUCUUCAGCCACACCAGGAACAUGUCAAUUAUGCAAGUGGAAAAUAGUCCCGGCGCAUAGCAUACAAACCUGCUGGGGCUGCGAGGAAACUAUCUGUACCCUUAUGACCCAGCACAAGUGCAAGCAUUGAGGAUAGGAAGCCAUUUAGAAAGCACAUGCCAGGAUGGAUUGAGAGGAUUAGAGAUUAAGGAUUAAGUUCGCUUUACCGGUUGGCCGCUGGGCACAGGUUCACAGGCCUUACUUUGCUUUUGCUGACAAUCUAUUUGCUGAAAAGAGGUGCUCAUAAAUCAAGUUUUGAAUUUAUUAGGUGCACCUUCCUUUCUCCUAUUUUGGCCUUAUUUGCAGAAAAUCCUACCAUGUAGGUGCACUUUGUAGCACCAUACAGUCUAAAAAAAUAACUGUACCUUUCAGGAUACAAACACUGUCACUGGGGUGACACUUUCAAUGCUUAUUUAAAGAGGAAUUCCGUCAAUCUUUCAAGAUCUCCACAUAACUCGCUCAUUACGAUGUAAACAAAGUCAUUCAGAGGGGUUGGAUGUGAACGGCUCUGUUCUACAGAAGCUUAGCACAAUCGAUUGGUUCAAAAUGGUGGUAAUAGGAACCAGACACCUCAAAUCCAAAACUCCCUCAGAGAAAACGAUUACAUUAAAUAUUCAUGAAUAUUUACGUCAAAGUUUACGAAUAUGCUGUUUGAUGCCUGAGACACGGUUUUACGAUAGUUUUCAGAUUAAGUUUAGCCCUACAAAGUAUUUUUAUGAUUUAUUUACUAAUACUUAUGCUACCAUCAUCAAUGUUACACAUUAAAAUUCAGAAGAAGUGUAAGCUCACCAGUAAAUAAUAUGGCUAACUUUGCACUGUAGGCCCCACAACCUCAGUUCCCAUCACCACUACUGAAAAGAAAUCUGAGUCAGUAAAUUUCUUGCAUUUUACAUCAACCACUUUGACUGACUUUCUAUACAUUGCAGUGAUUGAUUUAUGCAGAAAUUUAAAAUAAAAAUAGGCGGGAUUCCUUUUUAAGGUAUACAAUUAGACUUUAAAUGACAUGUACCUUGUGAAGUUACUUUUGCUUCAUUUGCGCUAAAGUAUAUUUAGAUAGUACCCCUUUUUCUGACAAUGCAUAGGUUUACUGUUAUUAACUGUAGCCCAUCUGUAGGUGCACUGUUAAUCAGCCCCACUCUGCUCUAUCAGUUGAAUCAAGGAGCACCACAGGGCCACUUUAUAUCGAUAUUAUUGAAGUGGACAAUUCUCAGCACAGCAGUGACCUUGUUGGUACCCCUGGGGUAUGUUCAGAUAGACUAUAGCUCUUAUUAUAGACCUUUUUUCCAUGUGCAAUUGGUAUUAGUUAUCCUCUAGCCCUCCAUCAGUGGUCAGUUUCUAACUAUAUGACCGCAAACGACCAAAUAUAUUUGGUGUUGGCUGACUAUUCUCAAUCCAUCAGUAACAAUGAUGUAUUUAGAAACCCUAGAAGUAGAGAGUGGCUGCAGAAAAGGGGGCUAAAUUCAGUAAUUACAUAGCUACAAAGUGCACCUAUGUGGUAUGUGUAGCUGAUAAAAUGGCUCAUAAGUGUAGAUACAAGAUAGAUAAGUGUACUGAAGACAUUUAGACAAGAGGGCAGAACACAGGGUCAGCUGUAUUGCAGCACCUUUGAAUCCCAACUGGACUAAGUGCCUUGCCUGAGGACAUAGCAGUGCUGGCUGGCUGAAUUUUUAUGCACCUACUCUGCUGUGAUUUGGAUUGUUUACCGGUUGCUGAAGAAUCAAAUGACCUGAGUAUCAUCUUCAGGUUACACAAUAUGCAUGACAAUGAUUUCUACUGUAUUAUUGCAUUCAAUGUCAUUAUUUUCUCAGGGAAACACUGUGGGAAAACUGCCUUGAAAUAAACUCAUAUUUUUGCUGUUGUAACAAAACCUCAUAUUUCCAAAUGUGUUUAUAAAGGGGGGAAAAACAUUAAUUGUGAAAAGAUCUUAUUCAAAAUCAUUUAUGGAUCAUUCCUAUUGAUCCAUUCAUUAUAAUAUCUGGGGUUUUGAAAUGGUGUCAAAAAUAAAAUCGAAAUAAAUAAAAUCAGAUGACAGCAACAAUAUAUUGAUCUUGCUAUGAAGCCACAAAUGUAUUUUUAUCUGUUUAGGUUUCUGAAAUAAAUAUAAAUUUGAGAAAAUGCCUGUGUUUGAUAUAGAUUAGUACUUUAGUUUCACUUCAUCUGUGUAUCAUAAGCAUCCAAAGAGUGAGAAAUAUGGUUACAUAUAUUAAGGUUAAACAGUAG